AUGUACAACGGCAUCGGUCUCGGCUCCGCCCGCGGCUCGGGGACGAGCGGAUACGUGCAGCGGAACGCCUUCUUCCGCGACGCGAGCCGAUUGACGCGCGACGACGGCGGACGACGCGACGACGGGCGAGAUGGAGAAAAUGCGCGGCGCGCAUCGAAACGCGCGCCCUGCGCCGCGCUAGCGCGCCACGAGGCCAUGCGCGCGAUCGAAGUGCGAUGCGCCGAGCUCGAGGAGUCGCUGCGCGCGUCGGGGGCGAGCGAGGAGACGAUCGAGGCGCGCGUGGCGGCGACGCGGGCGGCGGGGCGGGACGCGGCGGCGGCGCGGGACGCGGCGGGCGCGACGGCGAACGAUCGGGACGCGAAAGCGGUGACGGAAAGAAAGGAAAGGGAGAUGGAGAAGCUGGCGCGGGCGUUCGGGGUGGAUAAGGCGGAGAGAGACGCGCGGGAGGGGGACGCGUUUGAUCAAGAUUUGCAACGGCGGCUGCGGGAGGAGAAACGCGAGGCGCGCGAGGCGGAGGAGCGCAGACGAGAGAGAGAGCGACGGAAGAGUGAGAAGCGGGCGAAGAAGGAGAGAAAACGGGCGAAGAAAGAGUUGAAGCGUCGGGAGCGGGAAGAACGUCGGGCGAGGGAACGCGUGGAGAGAGACGCGCGGCGAGUCGAGGAGGAUCGCCGCGCGGCGGAACGCGCGGGCGCAAAGGCGCGGGAUUUGGAGAGAGAGCUGGCGAUGCUCGACGCAGAGAUCGCUCGACGCGGUCUAAAGCCACUCGAUGUGGAGGAGCGGCGGGUGGAAGUUCCGCCGCCGCCGCCGGGGGCGCGAGUCGCCGCCGAGGUUCCGCCGCCGCCGCCGGGCGCGCGGCUACAGAUGAUGGAGGUUCCGCCGCCGCCACCGCCGCCCGGAGGCGCGCGAGGGCGCUCACCCGAUCGCGACGAUCGCAACGAUCGUAGAUCUCGCGGUCGAAGCUCGAGUCGGUCGUACAGCAGCGACGACUCUCGGAGUCGCUCUCCGUCACCUCCGCGCCGACGCCGGCGCGACCCCUCGAGCAGCGACAGCGGUGGCCGACGCCGACGCCGUCGACGCUACUCCUCGAGUGAUUCGUACUCGAGCUCGUACUCGAGCUCGUACUCGCGCUCGCGCUCGCGCUCGCGCGAUCGUCGACGAUAG